GGUUUGUACCCCAAAGAGAUCAUUGGCCUGUUCCUCUUCCUCCUGGUGUUCCUGAUCUUCUUGAUUGCCUUCCUGGGUAACUCAACCAUGAUUCUCCUUAUCUAUGUGGAUCACCAUCUCCACAUUCCCAUGUACUUUCUACUCAGUCAGCUCUCCCUCAUGGACCUAAUGUACAUUUGUUGUACAGUUCCCAAGAUGGUGGUCAACUACUUGUCUGGGGAAAAUUCCCUUUCCUUUGUGGCUUGUGGCUUCCAAAGUUUCUGGUUUUUAGUCACAGCAGGUGGUGAAGGAUUACUGCUGGCAUCCAUGGCCUAUGACCAGUAUGUGGCCAUUUGCCAUCCCCUCCAUUAUCCUAUUCUCAUGAACAAGAGAAUGUAUUUGCUGAUGAUUGCUGGGUCUUGGGGCUCUUCAUCCAUCAAUUCCAUUUGCCAUUCAGUAUACAUACUCUCUUUGCCCUAUUGCAAGUCCAGAAUCAUUAACCAUUUCUUCUGUGAUGUUCCAGCCGUGGUGGCUGUGGCCUGCAUGGAUAACAGGGUCUAUGAGUAUGCAGUGUUCUUCAGCACCAACCUAUUUCUUUUGGUUCCUUUCCUUGGCAUCAUGGCUUCCUACGGUUGGGUCCUCUAUACUGUCCACCACAUGCACUCAUCACAGGAGAAGAAGAAAGCCUUCACCACCUGCUCUACCCACCUGACUGUGGUCACCUUCUACUAUGCCCCAUUUGUGUACACAUAUCUGAGGCCCUCAGCUCUGCGUUCUCCAGAACAAGACAAGAACUUGGCUGUCUUCUACACCAUUCUCACCCCUAUGCUUAACCCC